GCCGUGCAGGUGGGACUCCGGUUGCAAGCUAGUACGCUCUCUGCGCCGCGGGAGAACACCUCUUCACCGUUCUCUGUCCCAGACCAUGGUGAAGGUGACGGCGUUUGCCCUCUUGGGGCUGGCGCUGAUAUUCUUCAAGGAUUACCGGUCUUCUUACCAGACACGACUUAAUGCUUCCCGAGAAGUAAAACCAGUGGAACUUCCUAAGUGUAAUUUAGUUAAAGGAAUAGAAAACGGCUCUGAAGACUUGGAGAUACUUCCUAAUGGACUGGCUUUGAUUAGCUCCGGAUUAAAAUAUCCUGACAUAACGAGCUUUGAACCCAAUAACCCUGGAAAAAUACUUUUGAUGGACUUGAAUGAGGAAGAUCCAACAGUGAUAGAACUGAAGAUCAUUGGAAGUAAAUUUAAUACGUCUUCAUUCAACCCUCACGGGAUCAGCACAUUCACAGAUAAAGAUAAUACCGUGUACCUGCUGGUGGUGAACCAUCCAGAUGUUAAGACCACCGUUGAGUGUUUUAAAUUUCAAGAAGAAGAAAAAUCACUUUUGCAUCUGAAAACCAUCAGACAUGAACUCUUACCUAAUCUGAAUGAUAUUGUUGCUCUGGGACCUGAGCGUUUUUACGCCACAAACGACCACUAUUUUGUCAACCACUACCUGAGAUCCUGGGAGACUUAUUUGGGCUUAGCCUUGUCAUACGUUGUUUACUAUAGCCCAGAAGAAGUUAAAGUCGUGGCAGACAAGUUUGACUUCAUUAAUGGAAUCAACAUUUCACCUGAUGGCAAGUAUGUCUAUUUAUCUGAAUCUCUGGCUCAUACGAUUCAUGUGUAUGAAAAGCAUGCUAAUUGGACUUUAACUCCAUUGAAGUCCGUGGUCACUAACACCAUCGUGGAUAACAUAUCCGUGGACCCUGUGACAGGGGACCUGUGGAUUGGAUGCCUCCCCAAUGCCAUGAGAAUCUUCCACCCCGGAGAGCAUCCUCCCGGAUCGGAGGUGCUCCAAAUCCAGAACAUUUUAACAGAUGAACUCAAAGUCACAGAGGUUUAUGCAGAAAAUGGUAAAGUGUUGCAAGGAAGUUCAGUUGCCUUUGUGUACAAGGGGAAAUUGCUGAUUGGCACUGUGUGCCAAAAAGCUCUUUACUGCGAGCUCUAAGAGGCUGAUUUGCGCCCAUGCCAUGGAAGCUGCGAACCCGUCAUUUCAGCUGCUUGCCACCUCGAAGAGACCAGCGAUCUCAUCUGAAUGAUGAACACUGACCCUAAAUGAGGACACUGUUUGGGAUGAAAGUGCUAUUUGACUGAGAAAUACGAUGUGGAAGGCUUGCUGAGAGUACAAUGUCAAAUCAGUCUCGGGAGACUUGAAAACCUCAUUUACCAGUAAAAAUCCUUUAUGGUAAAAUGGUUUAUGUUGUCAUAUCAGUUGUCAGGUAUUAAAUCAUGUAACUGUACGUGACCCAGAAGGUACUUUCCCAAAGGCCUGUGUUCCCCAAGCACUUAUGAACUUAUUGCUGCCCUGCUGAGUCUUGUUCAGAAAACAGGAGCACAGACCCUGGCUGAACGGCUCAGGUGGUUGGAGAGUCGGACCAUACACCAGAAGGUUGUGGGUUCGAUUCCCAGUCAGGACACAUACCCAGGUUGCAGGUUUGAUCCCAGAGCUGACUAAUGCUUUUCUCUUACAUCAAUGUUUCUCCCCCUUCCCCAAAAUCAAAAAGCCUAUCAGGUGAGGAUUAAAACUAUAUAUAUAAAAAAUAAAAGAAAUCAGGAGAGCAGGAUGGCCUCAUGGGUCAUCAGAAGCCCAGGACACACCCAGGGACUCCCGUUCAUGUGCUGGAAAACUGGAUGUGCACUGAAAACCACCCCUCCACUCCAGGCAUCUCUCCUUAAGCAAAGCCAUUAGACACAUUGCAGAGUCAGACUUAUGUUCCCCCUCUACACACGACUUCCUUAGUAAACAUAAACUGCAGUGCCCCAGCUCUCCUUCUAUUCUUGCUUAUUCAAUGCUCCUCUAGCAAAUGGCAUGUAAGAAAAUCUUAAAAAUUCUUGGGAGUGUUGUCGCACUUGAAAAUUAUGAGUGUCUGUUAUAUCAGCCUACAUUAUACAUUUUAAUUGCUUUGACCUGGUAAAAGGAAGAAGUUUAUUCACAUCAGUGAUUGGAUACAGAGGGAAGCCCAAAACUGAUUUGCGUAAAGCUAAGUGCCCCCAAGACAACCUUGUUUUUGAGGUGGCAGCUGUUCUUUUUCUAUUCUAACUUGCUGUGGAGGCUAGGAAGAAAAUGAUAGAAAAGUAAACAAAAAUAAGAAUGAUCAAUGACCUUUGUGAUCUUCUGAGGGACAUGACUCUGAGAAAAAGAAAAAAAAAACCGGCUAUUAUUUUCUUUUAAAAAAAUUUAUUUUUAAAAAGAGGGGCAGGGAAACAUCAAUGUGUGUUUGCCUCUUGUGCGCCCACUACUGGGGACCUAGCCUGCAACCCAGGCAUGUGUCCUGACUGGGAAUCUAACCAGUGACCCUUUAGUUUGCAGGCCUGCACUCAAUCCACUGAGCCACACCAGCUGGGGUGUACUAUUUUCUUAUAAAAGCUGUCUGAAGGUAUGGCUUCCAGCCUGAAUGGUUUCUUUGGGAUGUUAAGGCAGUCACGUUAGAAACAAAGUUUUUCUAAGGCAUUUGGCAUGAUGAUGGUCUGGCUUUUGCGGAAAAAAUGUUUUGCUGAUAAAUUGAGAAUAGCUAAUAGUUUGAGACCACUGCCUUAAAGUAAUAAACAGGAACAUUUUGUUUGGACCAAAAAACACUUUCCUCCCAAUAGGAUAAGAGGUAUUUUUAAUCACAAUUUUGCUGAGCAUGAUGUCAUGUUAUUCAGUGAUGAUGUUUGCAGCCCUUGAGCUGGAUUCUAAGAAAUAUUGUUUUGAACCCAUCAGUAGCUGUGAUGCUUAGGUUGAAAAAAGCCCCAUUAUUUCCUUUAAAAAGAAUCACUUGAUAUCAUCAAUAAAAUGACCGUCUGUUCUCUCACUUUGAACAAAAUAAGUAAAUUCUGCCCCAUCCUUAGAAGAGAAAGCUAUCCAAUCUGACAUCGUUUAUGCUCAAGAUCAUUGAAAAAGGGGCACAGGUUACCCUUAGUUAGAAUUUCUUAACACAUUCCAAGAAAAACAGCUUAGUUCAUUUGUUCUGAUGUUUUGAUGUAAUUUUUUUGCACUGCCAGAAGUUUAGUCACAAAUUAUGGUAUGCGUGUGUGUGUGUGUGUGCGUGUGUGUGUGUAUGUGAGAGAGAGAGAAAGAGAGAAAUUAACACCCCUCAAUUUGAUAUAUUCAAGUCUUCUCACCAUUUAAAGUUUUGGAAAUAAAAUUGUUGAAAGGAACCCCAUACUCUGGGAUAGCCUGA